AUGGCGCCGCCGCGGCGUGUGUGCGUGACCGGGGGCGGCGGGUUCAUUGCCUCCUGGCUCGUCAAGCUGCUCCUCUCCCGCGGCUACGCCGUCCACGCCACUCUCCGCGACCCAAGUGAUCCAAAGAAUGCCCAUUUGAAGGAGCUGGAGAAGGCCCCUGAGAAUCUGCAUCUGUUCAAGGCCGACGUGCUAGACUACGACACGCUAACACCUGCAGUUGAGGGAUGUGAGGGGAUCUUCCAUCUCGCCACUCCGGUGCCUGAAGAUAAGAUUAUAUGCUCCGCUGCAAAGGUUCACAAACCUGUUGUGAUGUCCUCCAACGCUGCUGUGGAUUUUAACCCGAAUUGGCCUCAGGAUAUAAUGAAAGAUGAGAGUUGCUUGUCAGACAAGGAGUUCUGCAAGGAAAAUGGGGACUGGUAUUCCGUCGCCAAGAUUACUGCAGAACAGAUAGCUUUGGAAUAUGCGGUUGAAAAUGGCCUGAAUGUUGUUACACUUUGCCUGCCUUUGGUUUUUGGCCCACUGUUGCAGCCUACGGUGAAUACCAGCAGCAAAUUCCUCAUAUAUGUUAUAAAAGGAGGUCCUGACGUGAUGAACAACAGACUCUGGCACAUAGUAGACGUCCGUGACGUGGCCGAUGCUUUACUCCUGCUGUACGAGAAGAAAGAGUCGUCAGGGAGAUACAUCUGCUCGCCGAAUCAUAUUUGCACAAAGGAUUUGGUGGCCUUGCUGAAGAAGAUGUACCCAAAGUACAGCUACAUAAAUAACAUCCUCGAUGUCGAUCAGAAAGCAUCGUUAACAUGUCAGAAGCUGCGGGACCUGGGCUGGGAACCAAGGAAACUGGAGGAGACGCUCUCGGACAGCGUCGAGUGCUACGUAAAGGCGGGGCUUCUCCGGGGUGUGGACGGGCAUCCCUGCCGCCUUCCCCAUCUCUUCCGUCUGGCAUAUCGGGGAGAAUGGGAUGCUCGUGUCGUGCCUCGUGGUCGUGGCCCCGGACAGCGCGUAGGCAGGGGUUCCGGGUUCCAUCCGUGCACCGCCUCAAGUGACGCCAAAGAAAUGUCCAUCCUGCUGAAGCCGAUGGCUGGGACAGGAGUACAGGACCCCGGCCCGGAGAAUGUGCCUCUUCUGUUGAAAGUCGUCGACGUGCUCGACCACGACGCACUAACAGUAACAGCGGAGAUGGAGGUGCUCGACCGCAACACACUUAUGGCUACGCGUGCGCAUCGACUGUUCAGUGUUCAGUUGUUCACCCAAAUCUAUCACAGCGAAGGCGGCAUUCCUUGCUCCGCAGAAAAGGCACCCUCGCCGCGCCGGUAG